CCCCCGGUCACCGGCGCUCUUUCGUCUUGUUGACUGGAAAAUGCGACCGUUGGGACCUCGCGGAUCGUAAUUGACAACCUGCGUUUCUCUCCCUGGUUGAUCUUCCCUGCUUCGAGUACUGCCUCGGCCGAUCUCCCGGCUUUCGAUCUCCAGCAUCGAUCCAGUCCGUUGCUGUCCCACUCCAUUCCGGCGGUGCUGGCGUUUCAAAGCGUCCCUCGGCUUUUUCUGCGAGUCCCAUAAAAUGCGAAAAUCCCAGCUCCCCCUGCGAGACGGAUGAUAUACAGCAUGCUCUAGGCGCCCUCGGAUGCGACCUGAAGCAUGGAAACACUCGUCGCCACGCUUCGAUGCCCAUGGACCAACGAACCAGGUUGCGCAAGGCCUGCGAUGCCUGCAGCAUUCGGAAAGUGAAGUGUGACACCAGCGGUCCGCCCUGUCGCUCGUGCGCAAGCUUGGAUAUUCCCUGCACUUAUGAACGACCGAGUCGACGUCGCGGUCCUCCCAAUCGCCAUGCAGAGGCGUUCAAGAAGCAAAAGCUGGGCCCUUCGCCGGCUACCUCUCCCACCCCCUCGGAUCAGCCUUCGCCUGUUCGACCGGCAUCGAUAGUAUCGGUCGGGAACAGCCCCUCCUCCUCAUCGUUUCCGUCAUCGGUAGAAUCAAUCUGCUCGUUUCCCACCGUCCGACUGCUGAUCGACGACUACUUUACGUACAUCCACCCCUUGAUUCCGAUCCCCCACGAGCCCACGUUCCGGGCCGCUCUUGACAGAAGGGAAGACCUCACCAAUCGUACGUUCCUGGCCAUGACGGCCUCUAUGAUCGGGACCCUGGUGGCGUCGUUCCCGAGACGGCCCAAGCUACACUUGAGAACGGAGGCCGAAAGGACAGCGUUCCCUCACUCGAUGGCCAUGGUGAAGAAAUGCCGCGAUGUCGCUGUGCAAGCCCGCGGUAUGGGCUAUCUCGAUCGAAGCGCCACCGUCUACGACGCGGCCAUCAGUUAUUUCCUGGGCAUCUGCUCGGGUUAUAUGUACAGCAUGCGUCGGUGCCGUACAUACCUAGCCGAGUGCUUAACGAUGCUACAUGUGUACGACCUGUGUCGCCCGUCCCAUCGAUUUUCCUCGUCCUGCGCGACCAGUCCCAAUUCUGCGUCUUCGCCACUAUCGCAGGAUCGAUUCGGGGCGGCGGGGGAAGGUCCGGUCGACCUGGUCGAGCAGGAGCUCGGGCGGCGUCUCUUCUACACCACGCUCGUCGGAUAUCGAACCUUACAGCAAAUGGGCUCGACGGAUACCACCUUCCAUGUUCCCCCAGAAACCCCUACGGACCGAUACCCCCCUCUCCCACUCGAGGUGGACGAUGAAUAUAUCUUUUCUACCCACGUCGAACCCCAGCCGGCCCAUCGGCUCUCCCGCCUCGUGGGUUUCAAUGCCAACGUGCGAGUGUAUAACUCGUACAAUUCACUCUCGGCAUGGGAAAUCGCCUUCGGCAGCGGCCAGAUAUAUGAUUGGGAACGACAACGGACGGCCAUCUGGGAUGGCUUACAGAGAGCGAAGUCCGCCCUGGAACGGGUUCCGAAAGAAUUGUCGCUUCAGCCAACUCCGGUCCCCUCCUUUCCCAUGGCAGCAGACCCGAAUUCGGUUGAGCGCCAUUAUAUCCAGUACGAAAUCCAAAAAGCCAAUAUCUACGCGAGUCAGCUGGGAACGCGAUCCUAUCUGGUAGAAAAAUACUGGAGCCUUCACGGGGCCUGGCAGAAGUACCAAAGCUCGACCGACCAACGGCAGCACUCCAGGAGCCCGUUACCGAUCAAAGUGGAGGGCGAACGUCCCAAUCCUUACCGGGCUCCCAGCAGCGAUGCUCAAUUGGAUGGAAUUGGAAAGAUGAUGGCGGAAGAACGUCGGCUCGUGAUUCGCGAUCUGUCAGUUCUAUUACGAUCUGUCAAUGAGAUCAACAUGGAGCCCAACGGCGCCAGUUUUUCUGGCAAAGUCCGCCAAGUCGCGUCAACCCUUCUGAACCUCCCCGAUCCAAGAGCGGAUCCGUCGACUCCCUCCACCCUGGCUGCCGGUCCGCACCCUCUCACCACCGCCGAAACCGAAUCUUACCUCCACGCUUUCAUCGACACUCUUGUGCGAUUAGAAGGCCUAGCCGCUCCGACUCCUGGUGUCUCCGGCACUAGCCCCGCCAACGGCCGCUCGAUGAGCUACCUUAGCGACCACGAACGAGAUGAAGAAGAACUACGCCAAUGGGCCAGCCUCAAAGAGUACCAAGUCAAGUUCGCCGAAGGCGGCGGCAUGUUCACCGAAUUAUGACGAACGCUCCUUUUCCCUGACCUUCAACUUUUCGCCUACUCUACAUCUACCUUUUCUACCUUAUAUACCCAUCAUAUACCUCUUCUGAUUCUUUGUUGAUAUUCUCCCAUUUUACCACUCUUGUCUAUAACACGAGAAUUUAGCCCCGGAUCUUGGAUAUUGAAUCCCAUGAAGGCGAUUCUGACCCGCUGGAUUCCGAUUUUCCGAUUGAUGUUUGCCUCCUCGGGUGUUGGUCACGUGCUUUUUUUGUUUUAUUAUCACUGUAUACCCUAUCUUGGAGGUAGUGAGAUGAAGUUCCUCUCUGCCUGAUCUGUAUCCAAUAUUUGAUAUUUCGUCCACGUUGAAUUAGUCUCUGAUGUCAUUUGGCUUCGCUCUGGAAUUAAAAAGUCUGGU